AUGACUGGUGCUCAAGAAGAUUCUAUCAUGAUAACUCAACGUCAAGGGGGGCCCCAGAAUUCUAUCGGUGGCUCUUCUCGAAAUAAGUCCUCAAGAUCUCGUCCAGAGAAGAAGUGCACCCACUGUGGAGGAGACAAACAUAUCUGUGCUGGCUGUUACGAACUUAUUGGGUACCUUGAUUGGUGGGACCAUUCCAAAGCUCACUGUAGGAAUAUGAGCAAAUCACUCAACACAUCUUCCGAAUCAAAUCUUGUAAGUCCUAUGGUUUCAGCUACACCGGCUCCAACAGUUGCCUCCAUAGCCACAUGA